CCGGCAUAAGUACCGAGUGACUCUGUCGACCAAGGGAUUGACAGAGUUCUCUAUAAUGGAUAAAUCUAACAAUAAAUGAUUGGGGUGCAGGAUUGUUAGCAAUAACAGUUGGGGCCGGAGAUAAUGCACAUGGGAUAUAUGAAGAUGCACUAGGGUUUCUUCCUAAAAUUCUCAAAACCAAAUCAUCAAACUCCAUCAAGGUAUUAGAAUGCUUGGCUAUUGUCACCUCUGUUGGUGCCCAAAACAGUGAUGAAACAGAGAGAUCCAUGGAGAUUAUAUGGAAAUUCAUCCAUGAAGAGUCAGAAUCCAAAGUUAUGCGAAAACAUCCACCAAAUGUAGUUGCUUCAGCAAUAUCAGCCUGGUCUCUCCUCCUAGCAAAUAUAAAUGGAUGGUGUGUUAAUCACAAGAAAUGGAAAGGGUUGAUCCCAUAUUUGCUGAAAAGAUUAGAGGAAGAUUAUGAUGAAAAUGUCAAUGCUGCUUGCAUAGAGGCACUUGGUCUAAUUUUUUAUGGCAGCCUUGAGAAAUUUUCAAAUGAAGCAGAAAAUUAUGCAAAUUUAAAAGACUUGAAAGAAGACAUAAUGACAAGAGCAUCGAGUGUCACAAAAGAAAAUGCUGAAAAACUUCUCGAGGGUAGUGAUAAAAAAAUUAUCCUCACAAUAUGUGAAACUAGAUUGACCUUAAGCACUUUUUCACUUGUGAAGCAGAUUAAUUACAUAAAAACAUGUCUAGGAGACGGCUUUGUAGAGCACAUGAGGAGGAAAACGAGCACCUCCGUAAUAUUUUUCGUUUUGUGCCACAAACAAUUUCUAGUGUCGACGAUGCAAAGAUUUGUUUGAACCCGCAUCUGAAAAGGUGGUACUUCGGGUUUUUGCACCUGAAAUUAGAAGGAAAGCUUGCGCAAAGAGGAUUUCCAUAUCACCUAGUUCUUUCAUGAGCAAGGGAAGGACUCAAUUGAGGAACAAACACAGGAUGCUUGCAGAGGAGGCUAAGUAUGGAGAUUAUGGAUUUGAUCAAGAGUUUGAUUACUAGUUCAAUUACUUAAUUAGAAACUCUAAAAUUAAAUCAUCUGCCUGUCUCUUUACUCCAGCAUUAAAACACUUUCUUGUGCUAAAUCGAAUUGAAAGUGACUUCUUCAUGUGGUUUUUCUUUUCACGUUUUGUCACGUCAAGGAAGUAAUAUAGAAGUUACUCUAAAUUCUUUAAUUUGAAUUUUUGCCUCAGGAAAGGGGUUUCAU